GCUGGAGGCGGGCAGGGGCGGAGCAGCCGGCAGGGGCGGGCUCAGGGCGGUUGGUUGGCGCGUCGCCGCAGUGGAAAGGUCCGGGAAAGUUUCUUUGGAGAUCCGGCCCGGUGCGGCCAUGUCCCACGGCCCCAAGCAGCCUGGCGCGGCCUCCGUGUCGGCGGGCAGCAAGGCUCCGGGCCCACACGGGGGCUUUGUGGUGGCUGUCAAGCAGGAGCGUGGCGAGGUCCCGCGGGCAGGCGACAAGGGCUCCCACGAGGAGGAGCCUGUAAAGAAACGAGGCUGGCCGAAGGGCAAGAAGCGGAAGAAGAUUCUGCCGAAUGGACCCAAAGCACCAGUCACGGGCUAUGUGCGCUUCCUGAACGAGAGGCGGGAGCAAAUCCGCACGCGCCACCCGGACCUGCCCUUCCCGGAGAUCACGAAGAUGCUGGGCGCCGAGUGGAGCAAGCUCCAGCCUGCGGAGAAGCAGCGGUACCUGGACGAGGCGGAGAGGGAGAAGCAGCAGUAUAUGAAGGAGCUGCGGGCCUACCAGCAGUCGGAGGCCUACAAGAUGUGUACCGAGAAGAUCCAGGAGAAAAAGAUCAAGAAAGAGGACUCGGGCUCAGGGCUCCUGAACACGCUCCUGAACGGACACAAGGGUGGGGACUGCGAUGGCUUCUCAACCUUUGAUGUCCCCAUCUUCACCGAAGAGUUCUUGGACCAAAACAAAGCGCGGGAGGCGGAGCUGCGACGCCUGCGGAAGAUGAACGUGGCUUUCGAGGAGCAGAACGCCGUGCUGCAGCGGCACACGCAGAGCAUGAGCAGCGCGCGCGAGCGCCUGGAGCAGGAGCUGGCGCUGGAGGAGCGGCGGACGCUGGCCCUGCAGCAGCAGCUCCAGGCCGUGCGCCAGGCGCUCACCGCCAGCUUCGCCUCCCUGCCGGUGCCCGGCACAGGCGAGACCCCGACCCUCAGCACCCUGGACUUCUACAUGGCCCGGCUGCACGGCGCCAUAGAGCGUGACCCCGCGAGGCACGAAGGCCUCAUCCUGCGCAUCAAGGAGAUCCUGGCCCAGGUUGCCAGCGAGCAUCUGUAGGGCCAGGCGCCCGCACAUCCGAGGAGCAGCGCUGCGCUCGGCCCUCCCGAUGCCCGGCCGAUGGAGGAGAGGCUGGGGGUCCACCCUUUGGGGCCAGGCCCCAUCCUGCACCUUGGGGGCUUCAGCCCCCCUAAAAGUAAAUCUCUACAGCACCCCUUCAGCUUUCAGCCUUCCCAGCCCAGAGGAGCACUGGAGAGAAACCUAUCAGCCUUGGGUCACAGGGCCCGAGGGACCCCCAGCCCGAGCAGGCACAGGGCCGGCAGCACAUGCCCCAUGGGCAGGGCUGCCUGGGGCUCCCGUGCACCCCCAGAACUGUAUGCUGGGUGGCAGCUCUCGGCCCCAGCAGGGCCUGGGGAGGGGCCUGACCGCCCCCCAGCCCAGCUGAGCGACUCUUACAGAGCAGAUAAUUCCCACUGCUCAAUCCGGACUUUUAAAUAAAAACUCACAGAAUUUGCUUUUUGA